AUGCCUCAAACUUCAACUACGCAAGUUUCGUCGGUCACAUUUAGCACUCUCUCGACAGGUAGUUCCAUUUCCCCAAUGACUAGCGCGUCCACGAAGCCAUCUCCGACAGUCACCUUCUCGACUCCAAGUUCAGCUAGUAUAUCAUCGACAUCAGCUUCUUCUACCUCAGCAUCGAGUAGAAGCACUAGCGUGCUCAGUAGUACUGCUUCAAAAAGGCAUUUUUUUACGAUUUCUCUCCUGAAAGAUCAACCACAUCAGACAAUUAUUAAAUCAAAAAAAUUUCUAGGUACAAUCGAAAUUUCAAAUCACGAAAAACCAAAGUGAUUAAGUUUCUUUAGUUUUUUUAAAAAGUUUGGUUCCUUCGGAACCUGUUGAUUGAAAUUUCAGGAAGCUCAACUCAAACUGGAUCUACGCAAACUACUGGAAGUCCGACCACACCGCUAAGCUCCAUUUCAACGGCAAAAUCUUCUCCGACUUCAACAGGUUGAGCAGUUAAAAUAUCGAAACAGUUUUUAUUGUUUUCUUUGAAACACGAGCUUGACGGUAAUAAAUAAUUCAAAAUUCGAUGAAAACCUAAGAAUCUUGAGAAAGUGGAGUUCAUUCAAAUCUUAAUAAGUGAACAGAAACGAAAGCGAAUUGGUGCAUUUUCUAAAAUUAGAUUGAAAACGACAGACUUUUCCUUUCGAAACAUCUAUAAAACUUCUUUCAGGAAGUCCGGUGACUUUCAGCCCAACAACUGGAACGACAGGAAGUACGGUGACUGUGACUACAGGAACUAAAGGAUCUACUCAAACCCAAACAACUGGGUCUCCUGGAACGACAGGAACUAAAGGGUCUACUCAAACCCAAACAACUGGGUCUCCUGGAACGACAGGAACUAAUGGAUCUACUCAAACCCAAACAACUGGGUCUCCUGGAACGACAGGAACUAAUGGAUCUACUCAAACCCAAACAACUGGGUCUCCUGGAACGACAGGAACUAAGGGAUCUACUCAAACUCAAACAACUGAGUCUCCUGGAACGACAGGAACCAAGGGAUCUACUCAAACUCAAACAACUGGGUCUCCUGGAACGACAGGAACUAAGGGAUCUACUCAAACCCAAACAACUGGGUCUCCUGGAACGACAGGAACUAAGGGAUCUACUCAAACUCAAACAACUGGGUCUCCUGGAACGACAGGAACUAAGGGAUCUACUCAAACCCAAACAACUGGGUCUCCUGGAACGACAGGAACUAAUGGAUCUACUCAAACCCAAACAACUGGGUCUCCUGGAACGACAGGAACUAAGGGAUCUACUCAAACUCAAACAACUGAGUCUCCUGGAACGACAGGAACCAAGGGAUCUACUCAAACUCAAACAACUGGGUCUCCUGGAACGUCAGAAACUACUGCGACACAGACUCCAGGAACUACAGGACCCGUACAAACCUCAACUACGGGAUCUCCAGGAUCUACGUCAACUCAAACUACUGGAAGUCCAGGACCCACUCAAACUCAAACAAGUGGAUCUCCUGCAACAACAGGAACUCCGGUAACUCAAACUACUGCCGGCAGCUCAACAUCGGCUCCAGGUUACCUAAUACGAAAACAUAUCAAACUGAAAGGCCUGUUUCAGCAAAAGCUCUAACUUGUAUGUUCCUUGGCGAUUACUACAACUCCGGCGAUCCAAAUUCGGAUGGAAGUUCACUCGUUUUCUAUGAAAAUGUUUUUAAUUCGUAACGCGUGGUGUAGUAAUCUUUUUUUCUUCAGGAAUACCAUUUCAUCCUUGAAGUUGCUCAGAAACUGUACAGCAGCACAAGUGUAACCUUCAGUGCUAAUGAAGACUUUUACGGGUUUACUCCGACGUCGUUCUUCUUGAAAGAUCGGUCGAGUAUUAUACCGAGUUACGAUGUUUUCCAAGCAGCCAUGGCUCAAGACGAUCUGAAUGUUGAUGACCCAGCGCCCUUCCAAUCAACAACCCAAGAGUGAGAUUCUCUGUUAAAAUUGAAAAUCUGAUAAAAAAAGACUUCACAGCAAAAAUUUCAUGACGUCUGAAACUAGAAAAAACAGUUUUAAAAUCAAUGGUAUGCUAGGGGACGUUUUUUACCUCUCGGUUGAACUUUUGGUGGAACUUUGUAGGAAUGUACUACAGAUUCUGCUGAUUGCAGCACAAAAAAAAUUUCUUGCUCUAGGUCUGGCUUUCGAACUAUGGAACUUCAAAGUCUGCAAAAUACGCAAAAUGACGAAAAGGCGCUAUUUUAAGUUGAUAAAAGUCCUUUAGUGAAUCAGUUUUAAUUUUGUACUCAUCGAAAAGACACUUAUUUGUGACAAUAAAUGGCAUUGCUGUUUCAGAAAGUUUGUGAUGCCUUCCAAAUCAAAAUAAAAACUACUUUCACGAUCUGUUUCAGCGCUGUUAACCAACUUCCAACGUUUGCAUUCACCAACCCGCCGGGAGAAACUUGUCUCGUCUUUUUCUCAGCCGCGUGAGUCUUCAACGAAAAGAAAUUGAAUUCAAAUGCUUUUUCAGGCCUGAUUGGACUGAUAUCACUCACUUGAAGAACAAUUACAACGGAUUCUCUUACGUCGUUGGAGCGCAGUUGAACUGUGAAUUUGAAAGAAAAACGAAAAAAAAUAUUUAUUUUACAGCAACAACGAUACCCGACCUCACGAACUCUGUCUCUAUUUCGAACGACUUUUCAGAUGAUGACGUCAACGCUCUCGUGACAAAAAUCAUUUCUUCGUUUGUUUGA